UGAGUUUUCCAUCGAUACAGAAACAAUAGUCAGCUACUUGGAAUAGUCCGGGGCAAACACUUACCGUAAAAUGGCGUUCUUGUUCAAAACCAUCACCUGCGUUGCUCUGCUGGCACUGGCUGCCGGUCAGUACGAGGAGGAGGAUCAUCAUCAGCAUCACCACCACCCGCACCAUGCCGUGGGAUUCUCGUACGCCAAGUUCAGCGGUCCGGUCAGUGGUCCCGCGCACGAAAUCCACGUCGAGGACAAGCACGGCCACGGCCACUCGAUCGAUUACGUCGCCAAGCCGGACUACCAGUUCGAGUACGGAGUCGAGGAUCCCAAGAGCAAGGUGUCGCAGAGCCGCAAGGAACAUCGCCACGAGGACGAACUGCACGGCGAGUACAGCGUUCAGCAGCCCGAUGGAAAGCUGCGAACGGUCAAGUACUCGGCCAACAAGCACACCGGAUUCCACGCUGAAGUGUUGAUCGAUGGAAAACCACUGCACGAGGAAGAGCUGGCCAAGCUGGCCCAACAUGCCCAGGAACAGCAACAGCACAUCCAGCAGCAGCAGCACCACCAGCACCAUCAAUACCAUGAGGAAACGCCCUCGUCGUACGGUGGCCACGAAGAGCAGACCCACGAGGGCGAAACGGCCUCGUCGUACGGCAGCGAAGAGGGAGGCGAAGAGUACUACCACUAGGUCGAACUACCCAGAUCCGGAGAUUCAAGUUACCAACACCCACUGUUUUAACCGUAUACUUUUUAAGAUGUACAUAUAAGUCUAACCCUUUCCUCGCCCAAGACGCAAUACUCUGCAUGUAGUUUGUAAGGACCCCUCUUUCAACGUCUAGUCGAGACUUUUAACCAAAACGCAGCGCGCGACGAAGGAACUAACCGAAUUCAACUCAUCUUUCAUCAUCUAACAAUCCAAAUCGUUUCACUCAGUCUUAGACAAAAAAAAAACUCAAUAGUAAGAUUAUCACCCCAUAACUCCAAGAGAAGCUCAUUCCAUAAUGUGAUACAUAAACAAAAUCAUGUUUUAACCAAAAACCCCAACAGUAUCGAGGCCGCAUGGACAAAGGUGCUCAGUCGUUUCCCUUCUUAGCUGUAGUGCGCUCUAGGGUAGUGUGUAUAGGUGCUGUGGAAACGAGGAGAACAGAAAAAUAAGCCCAACGAUACGGAAAACUUACAAAAAAAAAAAAA